CGGGGGCCUCCGCAUAUGCCGGUUGGGCAAAGCAAAGAAGCAAACAACCAUAUGAACAAAUACGUCGUGAAAAAGUUCGAUCUUUUACCCUCACUUAAAUGGACAAUUGAUAAACUUUAUAUUCUCAUACGGGUUAAGGAUGCAGCUCGCAUCAACGAGGGCCUCUCUAGCCAGAUGAAAAUUUGGGGCGAGAUUGAUCUCUUGACCUUAACACUACUGACAGUAAAAACCCCCAUCAGCUUUUAUAAGGAUGAAUACGAGGGCGAAGACGAGACAGGCGGCCAUGAUACAAAUGACACGCCUACUGAUACUCCAGCAAGCCAUCCACUGACUCGCCUUCCGUAUACAUUCUCUUCCACCAAAUACAAAUGGAUACAGCCAGAGAUGGAUUUUACACCUCACCAGGUAGAGGCAACGCCAAAAUCCUUAACUAUCGCGAGCUACAACGUACACACAGAAGCCGGAGAUCCCCCAACGCGGUCUCGAUAUUCUAUCAUCAUCGAGAACCUCCUAAGCAAGGAGGCUCUAGCAGAUGCAGUAGUCCUCGGACAAGUCACAGAUGACUUCCUCUCGCAGAUUUGCAAGGACAGAAAUAUUCGAGAAAUCUAUCCCUUUUUCUCAAGUGGACCUCCUGAUCAAGAUGACGUCGAGCCAUUACCAGCCCAUACUAACGUUGUAGUGCUGAGCAAAUGGCCAUUUACUUGGGAUUCGAUAUCACUGCCAAGCGGUCAGAGCGGUUCAGUUAUUGUACAAUUUAGAGAUAUCGGGAAGCAUAAAAACGGAGUUUUCCUACCAGUCAUUUUAUCUGCCGUCCAUCUUACCCCUGGCCUCACAGACAUUUCCAUCGAGAAUAAAAGAGAUGAACUGAUAGCUAUUCUUGGGCAUAUGUCCAAGAGACACCCUCAAAAUCCUUGGAUACUUGCUGGAGAUUUGAAUAUCCCUACCAGUUCAUACAUCAUCGAAACAGCGGUCAGAAAUAAAACCAUCUCGGCACGUAGCCAGGGUAUCUUAUUUGAACUCGAAUCGAUGCUCGUUGAUGCAGGCCUCGAGGAUACUUGCAUUUCUUCACGUGUUCAGUACGGUGAACCACCGAAUAUAAACCGAAACCAGCAUGAUGCCAACUCUUUAGGGGGUGAAGAGAGCGCUACUUUCGACCCGACAGCAAAUGACCUUGCUGCAAACAGCGUUCUCGGCGAUUUUGAUAAGAGACCUCAGCGUUACGACAGGAUAUUGAUCAACGGGGUGGAUUUUACAGUAACGAACUUCAACCUCUUUGGCCAGAGCAAGGGGGCUCUACAGGCCGGUCCUGGUGUUAAUACUAUCAGUGAUUGCUCCGGUGAUGACUCCAAGGGACAACUUUCAUAUGGUAGCAAUCGCUGGGGAAUACGAUGCUCGUUUGGUUAUUCUACGGAUAUGUUGGAUCAAUUACCUGAAGCUGGAAAGGCUCUUCUACCAGUAGAGACGGACCCAUCAUGGCCUAUAGAGGACAUAUUCGGACUGGCAACAUGUCUUUCUAAUCAACCGGAGUACCCUUCCGAAGUUGACAUUUCAACAAGGGAGACUGCUCUGAACUUACUUAAGGAGAUUAUCAUACAAGAUGAGCCUAGUCGCGUCCGUGGUCUUCCGGCUUUUGUGAUAGUACCUGUUGGGUCAUACGGGCUCGGUGUGUGGACUACGGUCUCAGAUAUCAAUUGCCUCUGCAUCGGUCCUAUCAGUUCGAAUAUUUUCUUCACCCUGGCUAUUCAACGGCUUCGCAAAGCUGCGCCGAGGGGUGUGAAGAUUCUCCGACGCGUCGACGCCCAGUUUGGUACGGUGCUCGAAUUAGAAGUAGGGCAUAUCAAAAUGGAUUUGCAAUACUGCUCAGCAACCACCAUCGCCGAGACGUGGCCCCGUGCGUUGACAUUACCUCCAACCGACCCCAUCUUCAAAUUGCCUUCAAAUGUUUUGGCAAAAUUGAAGCCAUUGCGUGAUCUUUGCCAUCUCCAGAGGACAAUUCCAGAUCUAGCCGUCUUCAAGUUGGCGCACCGGUUUAUCACAUUCUGGGCAAAACGACGUGGGAUCUAUGCGGCCAAGUUUGGAUAUCUCGGUGGCAUUCAGAUAUCAAUAUUGCUGUCGCGAAUCUACAAGCUAUUGUCGUGUCGUGGUAGAUCCGUAUCCGCCCCGACACUCUUAAUGACUUUUUAUGCCCACUACGCGGACUUCGACUGGGCCGAACAGAUCGCUUUUGACAGCUUCUUCCACAAGACAUUAAGAUACAGGCGAACCGCACAGGAACCAAUGUCGAUCCUAGGUUUCUACGGCCCCAACCUGAAUACUGUAUAUGCAUCCAUUCCUACUGUGCAUGUCAUCUCCAAAGAGUUUAAGAGGGCUCAGGAGCUAUUAUCACAUUUUGUGGUUUUGUGGCCGAAUUUCCUCGGUGAAGAUACGGGCGCAGUGGAAUUUCUGAGUACUUACAAGACAUAUAUCAAAAUCACUACUCAAUUCUGGGGUGUGUCUUUGGCGAAGGGUAAUAGCUUUGUGGAAUGGCUAGAAUCGAGAUGCGUUUCUCUCCUAGCAGAUCUCAGCAAACAAGUACCCCAUAUGAACCCAAGAAUUUGGCCAGCACGUUUCAUAAAUGAGGACGCCUCCGAAGAAGAUACGGAGUACGAAGGACACUAUCUCGUUGGUUUAGAAAUGAAGAACCCUGAAAGCAGGCCGAUGAAUGAAGAGGAUAAGAGAGCUGCCUUAGAACGCAUACAAACGGCGUUGCACAAGUUUCAAAGUCAGGUCGUUAGCGAUCCAAAGCACUUCGAUCCCAAGUCAUAUUGGGUUGGCGCAGAAGUAGUCCCCAGGUCUAAGGUCAAGGAAUUACGACUCGACAAUCGAGAAUGGGCAAAGUAUACAGUUGAAGCCGAGGAUGAUGAUAUUGGGGAUGCGGAAUUUUGGUCCUCCAUGGAAGCAGAAGAGCCUGGCAACCUACGAGCGAAGAAAGACGUAACAAUUAACUUACCCAUUAGGCCAGCUUACGAGGGGAAGUUUCGAUCGGCUGGUGAUGUUCUUAACAGGAUACGGUGGGACCAAAGCAUGGAUAGCGGCGACUACAUAGUUGGCUACGAAGACCGUUUCUCGGGGGCGAUGGAAAGGCCUGUUGAUUUGUGGAAGUCGGAGACAACGCACGAGGAAUUCAUACCGGAGCAUCGCAUCCUGUUUUUCAAGCGAAAAAGCGACGGGGCAACUGUCUGGAGCAAGGAGGAGAGGCGGGACGAGAUUUUCGGUAGCGGGGUUACGAGUCUGGAACACAAGUCCAAGGGUUGAUUUGAUUCUACCUAGGUAACUAUCGUAUGUUUAGCUUUACCCCAUGUUAGAUACUCAGCGUUCGAUGAUGUAAAUACCAUUCAUUUCCUAGCGGCUUAAUAGACAUUGUAUAGGUAGUUAUUGAGUCAUCACAAAAAUUCAACAUCAACAUCAACUCCACAAUUAUUCCAGUUACAUCGCUC